AUGCAAUAGGUAGAAAGAUCAUGGGAUAUGCUUAAACCUUCUGCUAGAGCAUAAGUAUCAUUGAAUCCAAUAAGGAAUUGGGUUGAACAAGUGGUACCUCAAGUGGAAAAGGAAGGAAAAAAGGAAGGCAGACCAGAAAAAAAGAUUGUUUUCCUUCUAGGCGAUCCAACAGCUUACCCUAAAUUCUAAACUCCAAAUGAAUAUAAGGAGAUAGUAGCCAAUUCUGUUGGAAAAAUAGAUGGUUAUACAGAUUUCUUUGGUGACUUCAAUGUGAGAACUCAAUUGGCAGAAGUGCUAUCAUCUCAUCAUAGAAAACUGGAGGCAGAUGACAUCAUUCUAGCUAGUGGGGGCAGUGGAGCUCUCUUUUACGCCACUUUGGCUUUGGCUAAUCCUGGAGACAAGAUAUUAAUGCCCAGACCAACAUUUCCAUUGGUAAAGGCCUUUGCUGAUUUCUAUGGCAUUUAAGUUGUGUUUUAUGAUUUAAACCCAGGAACUUGGUAAGUCAAUAUCAUAGAAUUGGAAUACAUCUACGAGUAGAACCCAGAUAUCAAAUUUAUAUUAGUGAAUUCUCCAAGCAAUCCUAUGGGAAGUGAAUUAAGUCCAAUAGCUUUGACUGAAAUUGUUAACUUUUGUGAAAGACACAAUAAUCUUCCAAUAGUGAGUGAUGAAAUCUAUGAGAACAUGAUUUUUGAGAAGAGAGAGUUUAAAUUUAUUUCUGAUUAUACGAAAACAGUGCCUGUGUUGAGAUGUUCUGGUCUGACUAAAAAAUGUCUCGUCCCCGGAUGGAGAUUGGGCUGGUUGGCCCUAUAUGGGGAGGGAGACGCCUUCAAAUAGGUUAAAUAGGCCUUGAGAAACAUUACCAACAUUUUAUUGAUGCCCAAUACUAUAUGUUAGGUAGCACUUUGUGAGGUCUAUAAAAAGAGUUUAGAUAUUAUCCCUGAAAAAAUGGAGGAACUUCAUGCCAGAUACAAGGCAUUGCAUCAUGGACUCCAUGAUGCUUAUGGAAUUAGUGUUGGAGAAACCAAGGGGGCUAUGUAUGCAACUUUGAUUAUCAAUACAGAAGAAUUUUCAGAAAUUAAUUCUUCCAUUGAUUUCGCCAAGAAACUUCAAUAGGAGCAGAAUGUCCUUGUUUUUCCUGGCGAGUUGUUCUAUGGUGAAAAGUUUGUUAGAUUGGUCAUUUGCUGUGACUUAGAAAUUAUAGAGGAAGCUUGUUAAAGAAUUAAGUAGUUCUGUUUAGAUCAUAAGAAAUAAAUAUCUGCACUAUAAUCUCAAAUCAGUUAUUUCCCACUCAUUAAUAUAAUAAUCUUGUUUUAAUAAACAGACAAACACUAUAUGGAUUUCAAGGUCUUCAAAAACAACAGGAGCAAAAGAUAUGAUAAAACAACGAGUGAGGAAAGAGCCAUGAUAAUUUAAAUGAAAGAAAAUGGAGCAACAUGCAAAGAAAUCAGUGACUCCUUAAAAAAAAAUAUUAAAACUAUCUAGUCAAUUAAAUCAAUUGAAAAAAGAUCUGAGUACGGAUAAUUGAAAAAAGCCUUAAUUGAGUUUGGUUAUGAUUGGGUGAUUCAAAAUAAACAUUUUAAUAUAGAAAAUACUAGAAAACUAGCAAAAAAUUUAAAUAGACUAAUCAAAGAAUAGAUGACCUCAAAUACUUCGAAAUUUUAACAAUUAAUACCAGUACACAAGAAAUUAUCAAGUAAAAGAAGAAUAAUUCAGCAAAUCGUGGAUUCUAUUAUUUAAAGAGUACUCACCUCCAAAAAUCUAUAAGAAACUCUAGAGACAACUAAUUAAGAGAAAAUUAUAACCAAGUAAGAAGAGCCUGAGGAUUAAAAUAAUGGGUUUUUAGAUUUUGGUUAACUUACGGUUUUGCAAAUGUUUUAUGCAUAUACCUAAUUUAUAUAAUAAAGUAUACAAUAGAAUGAUCUCAAAAAUUGA